ACACACAGGGUAUCCAAGGGCAUUGGGUCAGGUAUCUCAUUCCUAUUGUGUUUCGGAAGCAUCCAAGUCCAUGCAUCUACUAUAAAACAUGUGUUAAACUUUGAGAAAGUUGUGUUUCAAUGUGUAUUUUGCUCUUGAGAUACUUCCUACUGUGCUUGGACAUGCUGUUUCCGAUUAAUUCUUUGAUUUGCGGGUGACUUUUGAGCUCAGUGGGGUCAUCUUAUAUUUCCUGUCACAACCCUCUCAGGGUCUUGUGAACCUUUUGGUAGAGUUUCCUGAAUGGACCUACACAGUCAGAGCUGAAAACAAGUUCCAGGUUUAUGGAUGUGCACCAGUUUGAUACAUGUAUUUUGGCUCUUAAUCAUACUGUAUAAUACCGAUCAACUGUUUAAGAGCAUAAUUUCUAAAGGGAAUUAAAGGAGGCCAUGUGUAUCAAGAUAAUUGCCAAUGAACCAACGAUAGCCCUAUAAGGAUUCGUCAAGUGUACAUUGUAUUUGCUCAUUUGACACAUGAAGUCAUGUGACCCUUGUAUCACUCUGCUGUGCAUAUAAACCUUAAUUUUUCAAAGAGCAACAUUUCAAACUUCACAUGGGAUUCUACCAGGGAAGACGGAAGUUUGUUGAUUAACAAGUCAGCAGGACCAGCAGGAUCAAUCAAUGCUUCUAUUGCGGUGACAGCAGCCAUCCAGAACAGACUCCAGUCAGCUGCCCUUGUGGAUAACCAAAACUGACUAAUUCGUCAUUGAUUUCUAUAUAUAUGUAUUCUUUGUUUUAUCUUGUCCUUCAUUGAUCCAUUCUUAUUGAGAGUUAUGGAUUAAUGGGUAAUACCUGAUCUAUAUCGGCGUGACUGUCUUCCUUCAAGGCCAGUAUCUGGAGUACCACGUGAUUCUCUAAAAUUGGUAUCCCGUUUGUAAUCAGCUUUUUGGAAUUAUUUUGAACUUACUCAUGCGUUAGCAGCAUUGAAUAUUGGUGACUUGUUUGCCCCGAUUUACUUCUACGCUAUGGAUGAGAGUAUAUUGUAUGAAAGUAUUAAAAUAGAGGACUGAUUAUUUUGCAUUCUCUUUGAAGGACGUGGUGAAUGGGAAUGUAUGUAUUAUAGUAUGGUACUCUACAUGUACCUGUUGAAUUCGGAAUCAUUUAAUUCAUAUAGGCUUGUGCGAGGACUAACUGGUUCCAGGAAGCAACAGAUUUAAGAGCAUAAUAUGGUUUAAAAUUAUAUAUAUUUAUUCACGUACUCAAAGUGGGGUAUGUAUAUUUUACAACUACAUGUAGCCAGGGAACAAGCAUGACUAGGCAAGCAAGCAUUUCAAAUCCUCGUGAAUUAUCAAUCUUUUUAUGAUACCGAGCUGAAUUGGCUUUUCACCUUUAAUGACUAUCCUUUUUCAUAAUACAUGUACCUUUCAUCAGAAUUUGUCCGAUCAUAAUUUUUUUACAUUGACCCGUAAUAAACUCAAAUUGUACAACAAAUAACUUGCAAUAAAAGACACAUGUCCUUCCUUGAAUACAAUACCUUUCAUCAGAAUUCAUCCCAUCAUAAAGUUUUACAGAUACCCGAAAUUUCAUAUUUGUAAACACAAGUAUAACAAAUAAUUUCAAUAAAAGACACAUGUCCGAUAAUCCUUUUGAUACCCUUGAUCAGAGUUCAUUCCAUCAUAAAUUUACCUUUCAUAAGAAUUCAUCCCAUCAUAGAUUUUAAUAAAUAUCAAAAGUACAACAAAUAAUUUGUUAUAAACACCACAUUCUUUGUAUCGUGUAGGCGUAAUUUGUCAACUAUAAAAAGCGAUCUCUGUUGGGGAGCGCUUGAAGAGACUGUACAAUUGAAAUGCAAGCCAUCACCUGAAAGAUUUAUGGUGAUCUGUUGCCCAUUGUGACUUCUGCCUUUGGUGUGAUAUGAUAUAUUUACAAAACUAUUCAUGGAUUUGAUGUAUGAUAUAUCCAUGGUAGGAGUGAGGAUUAUCUUGUGAACAUCUGAAAGGAUCAAAGAGAUCAUGCCAGUAAGAAUUGAUGCUGAAGUGUUCUCCAGAGCUGUGUAUUCAUCAUUUUGUGAUUGAACGAGCGAUCGGACUCAUCGGAGUUGGACAAAAAGGGAAUAGAUUGGACCUCUAAAUGGCUGCAUACAGAAGAUUUAGGAAUCGCACGAUGGAGCUGGGGCCGCUGCAAGUCAACACCUCCGGCACCGCACGGGGAGGAGUGUCCUGCGGAGGGUCAUCAGCUGGGGGUCAACGCCCCAGUUCAGCCUUAGGACUGAUGACCUCGCCCUCCCCUUUGAGCCCCUCCGCCCCCUCCCAGUGUCUCAGCCCCACCAGUAGCGGCAGCUCCGGCAGCAGCAGCGGGGGGCAGUCCUCCGGCGUUUACAUUAUCCACCAUGCCCAGCGUCACACCAACGACUCCUUCCUUGCCAUGGACAAGAUGCGGCAACAGGGGGCGCUGUGCGAUAUCGUCCUCAAGGUUGCGGAUAAUGAGAUCAGAGCUCAUAGGCUGGUCCUUGCUUCAUGUAGUGCCUAUUUCCAUGCAAUGUUUACAAGUGAUAUGUCAGAAUCCCAUAGGUCAGAGGUCACACUCCAUGAGAUUGACCCCGAAGCUGUCAAUCAGCUAGUCUCCUUUGCAUACACUGCCGAGAUCAUGAUUGGAGAGAGUAAUGUCCAGGCUCUACUCCCAGCGGCCAGCCUACUUCAGAUGGAGAGCGUCCGAGAUGCUUGCUGUAAGUUCCUGGUCGGUCAGCUUGACCCGUCAAACUGUUUAGGAAUCCGAAGGUUUGCGGACACCCAUGGUUGCUAUGAUCUCGAGCAGUCAUCCAGACAGUAUGCUCUCUUUAACUUCUGCCAUGUGGUCAAUACAGAGGAAUUCCUACAGCUGCCACAACAGGAGGUUGAGCAGAUGGUGUCUAGCGAGCAAUUGAAUGUUACGUCAGAAGAAGAAGUAUUCAGUGCUGUUAUACAGUGGCUUCAAUUCAAUGAAGAAGAAAGGAAAGACUCAGUCAGUCAGCUGUUACGAUGCGUCAGGUUACCUCUCCUGAACCGAGAUUUCCUCGUCACACAAGUUGAGGCACAUCCUGUUGUUCAGCAGUGUAACGGAUGCAAAGAUCUCCUAAUAGAGGCCAUGAAGUAUCAUCUAUUACCAGAACAAAGAUCAACUCUCCAGUCCCCCAGGACGAGGUUACGACAGAAUCCUUCUCAAGUGCCAGUACUAUUUGCAGUAGGUGGAGGCAGCCUAUUUGCAAUACAUAAUGAAUGCGAAUGCUACGACCCUCUCCUCAACUCAUGGAGACCCAUGCCCACGAUGAACGCUCGUCGAGCCAGGCUUGGAGCUGCAGCCAUCGGCAAGAUCAUAUACGCCAUAGGAGGCUAUGAUGGCUCACAUGACCUGGCUUCAGUAGAGUGCUUCAACACCCAAACACACUCCUGGUUCGAGCUUGCCCCACUUGGCACCAAGCGCAGCUCUUUAGGUGUGGCCGUACUGAAUGGUCUUAUCUACGCUGUAGGUGGGUACGAUGGUGCGUCUUGCCUGAACAGCGCAGAACGAUUCGAUCCUCUGACCAACUCCUGGACGUCGAUAACGCCCAUGUCAGCCAGGAGGAGAUAUGUCAAGGUCGCUGCUUUGGGUGGAUGCUUGUAUGCAGUAGGGGGUUAUGAUGGUUCCACCCACCUCUCGAGCAUCGAGAAGUACGACCCACGGACAAACACCUGGACCUCCAUCCCAAACAUGAUCAACCGACGAGUCAGUAUGGGCGUGGCCGUCAUAGCCAACCAGCUCUUCGUCGUCGGGGGUAGCGACGGGGCCAUGUGCCUGAGCAGUGCGGAGAGCUUCAAUCCGGAGAUAAACCUGUGGGAACCGCUGCCCUCUAUGUCGAUCCGAAGGAGUACCCAUGAUGCAAUAGCUCUUGAUGGCCAGCUCUACGUUGUUGGGGGUAACGAUGGAAGUAGUAGUCUGAAUAGCGCAGAACGUUAUGACCCCAAGACACAUCGCUGGACGACGAUAUCUGGUAUGUCAACGAGACGUAGUAGUGUGGGAGUAACGGUUGCUGACAUCGUCGCAUCGAGGGCGUCACACAAUAGCGUCGCCGAGCAACAGUUAUAGCCUCGUGACCAAGAACAUGAACUGAACAUUCUUAAAACACGGCAGUCUGACUAGCAUGUUUAAUGUUAUUUAUUUGAAGCAAUGUAUUGUGGGAUCAACAGCUGUAAGUAUGUGUUUGCUAUGUGUGCUCUAUUACAAAGUGAUAUGCCAUGUGGCUUAUUUGUGUCAUGUGACUCCGAAUACGUGUCAUGUGACUCCGAAUACAUGUCAUGUGACUCUGCAUACAUAUCAUGUGACUCUGAAUUCAUACCAUGUGACUCUGAAUUUAUGUCAAGUGUCUAUGGCUUUGUCAUGUGACCCCAAGUACAUGUCAUGUUACUCUGGGUUUAUAUGAUAUGACUCUGAAUUUAUGUCAUGUGACUCAGAAUUUGUCAUGUGACUGAAAUUUAUGUCAAGUGAUUCCUUACUGUGUACCAUGUUACUUGCAAGAUUCAUUUUCAUGAUGUUAUUUAUUUUAUCUUGUGGCUGCUUAUGAAACAACGCAUCUUUGAGUCAAAAUCUAAAAUUCCUUGUCUUGUGACACUCUGGUGUUGUUUAUUGACACAAUUUGUAUUUUGAUGACACAAAUGUGGUUGAAUAUGGGAUUUUGUGGAGUUGAUUUUUGAAAGAUCAAGUACUUCUGUGUUUGUUAUAUUUGCUAUGCAGGAGAUUAAGAAACAGUAUUAAAUAAUGAGUGAAAUGUGAAAGAUUAUGAGAAUCAGGGACUUAAAUGGGUUUGGAGGACAAAGCAAAUUGGAUGGCCUUUUUUGUUCAUUCUUUCUCCCUAUUCUCACAUAUUUUCUUGUUUUAAUUAUUUAUAAAUUGCAGGCAAAAAUUUUCAGGCAACAUUUCCUGUGCGUCAGGGGUGUUUGAGUUUUAGAUCAUUUAAGAUUUUUUUUGUUGCUUUUCAUUUUCAGCUUUAAGCUCAUUUUAGCUUUCCUUUAUUCAGAAGUAUGGGAGCUCUUUCAAUUUCACCUUUUUUUUCAACACUUUAUCUUUUUUUAACACACUUCAGCUUUUUUUCAGUUUUUGUCUCGCCUGCGUAGCAGAGCGAGACUAUAGGCGCCGCUUUUCCGACGGCGGCGGCGGCGUCAACAUCAAAUCUUAACCUAAGGUUAAGUUUUUGAAAUGACAUCAUAACUUAAAAAGUAUAUAGACCUAGUUCAUGAAACUUGGACAUAAGGUUAAUCAAGUAUUACUGAACAUCCUGCCUGAGUUUCAGGUCACAUGACCAAGGUCAAAGGUCAUUUAGGGUCAAUGAACUUAGACCAUGUUGGGAAAAUUAUUUUCAAAAUCUAAACCAAAGGUUAAGUUUUUGAAAUGACAUCAUAACUUAGAAAGUAUAUGGACCUAGUUCAUGAAACUUGGGCAUAAGGUUAAUCAAGUAUUAGUAAACAUCCUGCUCGAGUUUCAGGUCACGUGACCAAGGUCAAAGGUCAUUUAGGGUCAAUGAACUUUGGUCAAGUUGGGGGUAUUUGUUGAAUUACUAUCAUAACUUUGAAAAUAUAUGGAUCUAGUCCAUGAAACUUGGACAUAAGGUUAAUCAAGUAUCACUGAACAUCCUGUACGAGUUUCAGGUCACAUGACCAUGGUCAAAGGUCAUUAAAGGUCAAUGAACUUUGGCCGUGUUGGGGGUAUUUGUUGAAUUACCAUCCUAACUCUGAAAGUUUAUAGAUCUAGUUCAUAAAACUUGGGAUAUAAGAGUAAUCAAGCAUCACUGAACAUCCCCUGUGAGUUUCAGGUCACAAAACCAAGUCAAAGGUCAGUUAAGGUCAAUAAACUUAGGCCAUGUUUGGGUAAUUGUUGAAGUGCCAUCAUAACUUUGAAAGUUUAUGGAUAGAGUGAAUGAAAUGUGGACAUGGGUGUAGUUGACAGUCUUAAGUCUCUGUUCAAAUGUCAUUUAUGGUCAAUGAACGUGGUAUUAUGUCAUUAUAUGAAUGAUGUUUUUGUGAAUGAUUAUUUUAUAGUAGUUUUCAAAGUUAGCACUGCUGCUAUAUUAAAUUGCGUAAUGCAGGCGAGACUGCCAGAGGCGUUCCACUUGUUUUUAUUUGUGAUCACUUAAACCCUGUAUGUAUUGUGAAAACAUCUAGCUCAGUGAUUAGAUACAGUGCAAGUAUAUUAAUUGUGCAAGAAAUGGCAUUUCACGUUAUAGAGUAUGCUUUAUUUUUAUAUUUUGUUUGAUAUUAUUGCAUCAGUGUGACCUGUAGGCUUCUUGGGAAGUAUUUUGCAAUGAAUUUUCAAUAUCAAAUUGAUCACAGUGCAGGAAAUGCUACCAACUGUAGUCCCACCUACUCUUCUUUGUGUCGGUAGUCCUGCAAUGCUAUGUCAGUACCUCUUAUUUUGUCUUGUCAUCCUCAUCAUCAUCAACUAAAUAGAGGAAAUUUAUUACUCCUUUUGUUUGUGUAUUUUUUUUUUGGUAGGCAGUUGAUUUGAUAGCAACUCUUUCCCGAGAUGGUGGCAUGCCUAACUUUUUUUUUCAUAUGAAAGGUGAACAUUAUGCAAGAGAUAAGAAAGUUGGAAAGUGAUAAGAUCCACUAUUUGAAGCCGAGCCAAAAGUUUUCACAGUUUAGAAUUCAGAAAUAAUGUUAUGAAAGGUCUAUCUUUAUUUUGAUUGCUUUUAGCAUCCCAGCAAAAAGGAAAGGUUCAGUAGUGACCUUGUGGGAGAAUUGGCACUCUGGAUAUCUCAUAAUUGCCAGCUGAAACGGCACUUGGUUAAAAAAUCAGACUGAUAUUACAGAUUUCAAACACAGGUGACAUUUAUUUGAUCAAAUAUGAUCUGAAAAUGGGGAAAAUAUCAAAUACAGAAAAACAUUUGAGUGUCUUGCAUACAUGGAAAUAAUGUUUGAGAAGCCCCCCCCCCUCCCAUACGCACAUGCACAAUACUAUAUUGAGAUUUCCAUUUCCAGGUUUCAGUCUGCCAUUUAAUAAAAAUAAAAAUGUCCAUCAUGGCCCUAGUCAUAGAGUAUUAUAUUGGAA